ACGCUGCUCUGUGCGCAGACGGAACUGGGCCGCUGGAUGAUGGCGUUAACGGGGCUGCUGCUGCUGGAGCUCGGUCUGUACGCCUCCUGCUUCGUUUGUGGGAUCGUAACGGCUGCAUCCAUCACCAUCGUCCAGGGUAAUUUUGGAGGCCUGUGCAUGCUGUAUGGACUCGUCCGCUACAAUGCAUCAGCGGACCUCAUUGGGAUCCAGUCCUCCAGCUCCUCGUCUCUGUGCUACUUUGUCACGGCAAUAUCAAUCAUGGUGGCAGUGGUGUGUUUCUCCCUGUCUCUAUACUGGGCCUACGCUUUCUGCAUCGACGGGGACAUAAGAAGGGAGCGCGUGUGGAUGAACCUGAUCGUGGCCGUUUGCGGCGUCUUCCUGUUCUUCCUGCUCAUCUCGGGCUGCAUGCUGAAGAUCGGACGCGACUCGCUCUGCAACUCGGUCACGCAAACCGUUCCCAACAUCACCAGCUGUGAGGAUGCCCAGACCAAAAAAUGGAGCAGCCCGCUCAAAGGUGGAAGCUUCUACAACAGUCUGCACAAAGCUGAGACGGCGGUUUGGGUCAACUUCUUCUUCUGGCUCAUCAUCGGGGCUUUGGUGAUCAUUCAGAGGCGUCAGGGUUCAGGGGCCAAGUUGAUAAGAGGGCCAGCCGGAGCGCUUUUUGCUGAUCCAGGGGUGACGGCUGCAGAGACGGAGCCAUUUUUCAACCGUCCUGCUAGACCACAGUGAGGCUGAAUGUCACGGAGCGAUUACGAAAACACACAUGAGCUCAGAGUUACUAGUUGAUGUGGAAAACCGGUGAACACGCUGUCUUGUAUUUCAGGUCCUUCACUGUUUUCAGACACUAUACUAAAGAAAUCACAGUAAUUUUGCAUUAGGGUGUUGCAGCUUAGAGUCAAUAAAGUGUUUGCACUCGACGAGGAUGGGAUUCGAACCCACGCGUGCAGAGCACAAUGGAUUAGCAGUCCAUCGCCUUAACCACUCGGCCACCUCGUCAGGCACACACAGACCAAUCAGACCAACAACCCUGGAGACGCUGUUCUGUGUGUGUCUGUCAGGGCUUGUCUGAAACCACAUAAUCCAAAGACUCAUGCGCUGACAUGUGCGUUUACCCGUUUCCUAUGUCUCACUUACCAAAGCCAUUUCUAGUGUGUGUCUGUGGAUCGCACAGAAAUGUGAGUUUAUUUCUGAAAGUGCUUCUGUUGUUUGUUUUUUUUACACAACCAACAAAUAGGAUGGUGUUUAUUGCAGGCUUUCUUUUUAUAUUUUAACUGUGCUCAGAUGUAAUUUUGAUGUCACUCACAGAUGUUUCUGAAAUAAAACUCAUGUUUACCCC